UCUAAACGGCACAGUACUCAGGUUGAGAGGUAGAGUGUGGGAUACGAUACCAGCAAAGAAAUGUGUAUGCUCUUAUCCUCCACCACCACUUCUACUUUCCCGACGCCAACUUUCCGCUUAACCCGCGCCUCAGUAGCUUUUCCCGGUGCCACAGUUCCAGUGCGCUCAAGGCCAUGGGCCUCGGCUCUUUCUGUCCACUGCGAUGACCAGCCAUUCGUACCGGAGGUUGAGAAAGCGGUGGACUCGUUGUACUCGGAGUUCCGAGCGGUAGAUAAUUUGGUGGCACGCAACUCGGGGCGCGUGCUUAAGGCUUUUCAGAAUGCUCGUGUUGGAUCUCAUCACUUUGGUGGUAGCACGGGCUAUGGUCAUGAAGAAUCUGGUGGGCGUGAAGCACUGGAUCAAGCCUUUGCCGAAAUUUUUGGUGCUGAGUCUGCCAUUGUUCGAGCACAGUUUUUCUCAGGUACUCAUGCAAUCACCUGUGCUUUGUUUGCUUUCCUAAGGCCUGGAGAUGAGCUUCUGGCAGUUGCUGGAGCUCCUUAUGAUACAUUGGAGGAAGUUAUUGGAAUCAGGGACUCUAAUGGUUUGGGUUCUUUGCGAGAUUUUGGAGUAGAUUACAGAGAAGUGCCACUUUCUGAGGAUGGAGGGCUUGACUGGGCCGCCCUAAAGAUUGCUUUGAAACCUCAAACAAAAUGUGCACUCAUUCAAAGAUCAUGCGGUUAUUCAUGGAGACGUAGCUUGAGUGUAGAAGAAAUUGGCAGGGCUAUAGAGAUAAUCAAGGUGCAGAAUCCUCAUUGUUUGGUCAUGGUGGAUAAUUGCUAUGGUGAAUUUACAGAGAGAAUUGAACCUCCAAUGGUGGGUGCAGAUCUAAUUGCUGGAAGUUUCAUAAAAAAUCCCGGUGGAACUAUAGCACCAUGCGGUGGAUAUGUUGCUGGGAGAAAGAAAUGGGUAGCAGCAGCAGCUGCUCGUCUCUCUGCCCCAGGUCUAGGAAUUGAUUGUGGUUCAACGUCAGGUGAUAUAAUGCGAUUGUUUUUUCAGGGAUUGUUCCUCGCUCCACAAAUGGUUGGUGAAGCAGUAAAGGGAAGCCUUCUUAUUGCUGAAGUCAUGGCUGGUAGAGGAUACCAGGUACAACCAGGUUGCCGAGUCCCCCGGAAUGAUGUAGUGCAGGCAGUAAAACUUGGAAACCGUGAACGCCUGCUUGCCUUUUGUGAAGCUGUGCAAAGAAAUUCUCCGGUUAGCUCUUUUACAAAACCUAUAGCAGGUGCAACUCCUGGCUAUGCAUCUGAGGUGAUAUUUGCUGAUGGCACUUUUAUUGACGGAAGUACGAGUGAACUCUCAUGUGAUGGCCCUCUCAGGGAACCAUUUGCCGUAUUCUGUCAGGGAAACAAGACAUUUGAAGUGAGAUAUCCCUACAAGGAAAAUAAGACACUUGAAGUGGGACAGAUGGAGUAUUUUAAAGUACUCCUUCCGUCCACAAAGGUUGUGUAUUUAUUACUCCCUCCGUCCCAAACGAAAUGUCAUGUUUUCCUUUUUGGGCUGUCCCAAACGAAAUGUCCUAUUUCCUUUUUUGGCAAUACACUCUCUCUCUAUACUUAAUAUUUAAAUAAUUUCCACCAACCCACUUUAUCUACUUUAUACACAUUUCUUAAUCUACGUGCCGAAAAGAAAUAGGACAUUUCGUUUGGGACGGAGGGAGUACUAUUUUCGUCUGUCCACAAAGAUUGUGUGUUUUUUUUUAAAAAACUUCUUUUAUACUUUAAAUCAUAUUCAGACUCAAUAUUUACAAAAUACUCAUCCUUUAUUUUUACAAUGUGAUGGGCCAAGUACUACCCUUUAACAUUAAAAUCACAUCUUUCAACUUCUUUUUACUAAAACAUGUGCCAUCCACUCCACCACGCACUCUUUGUGGACGGAGGAAGUAUUUUUUAUAUUUAAAAUUCAAUUAUUUAUUAAUGUUAUAUAGAUGUUAAAAUUUUUAUGUUGUACAAUAUAUGGGUAGGAACAAUUAUUGCGUGUUCUUUCAAAUAAAUUAUCGUGGAUGUUGUUAGAGUAGGACUGGUAAGUGUUUGAAAUGUUAUCUUAAGAUGAUUUGAGCAAUAUAUCCUCAAGGAGAUCAAUAGAUGCACAACCAUCUUUAUCACCACCAUUUAUUAAAUCUAUAAUACUUACGUUUACUAAAUAUUUUAUUUACAUUAUUUACAUUUACUAAACAUGUGUGUUCAUUUUAUACAAAAAUAUGUUAUUACAUAACUAUUACCUAUAAAAUAUUUACGAGAUUAAAAAUAACUAAUGCAAUAAAUUAUAGUGUUAUGAUUAUGUACAAUUAAUUAGUUGGGAUUA